AUACGCUGCUCGUGCUCGAGCCUCCAGCGCCUUCUGUGCAGGCCCGCUGCAAUGUGUGCAGAGUGGGCCUGCUUCUGGCUUGUUCCAGGGACGGAGAGGUGGGAACAGGUGCUACGCUUUAUUCUGUCCCCAUCCGACUCUGUGACACGGCCACUGUGUCCUCCCGCGGUCACAUUUGAACGAUAUCUUUAUGUUUUGGUCGCUACUAAAACUAGUGAUAGAAAAAGUGAGACGUUCCAUUCGUUGCUGCGAGUGUUAACACUGUGCACCGUUAAAUAGCGUCACACGUUUAGAAUGUAGUUCUGUCUAGUUGAAAAGUGGACGUUUGAGGUGACUAGCUGUAUUGUUAGCUGCCUAACAAGUGUGUAAAAACCAAUAGGCCUGUUUCACAUGUUGACCUGUCACAGUAGGACAAGCAGAGGUGUAGCUUAAUUCAUACAAUGCAUAAUGGCUGGGUUCCAUUCCGCUACUUCAGGGUGAUGGUGUUAUUGUCACACCAUCAGGGCUUAGUGGGACACUUGAAUAGAGCAGAGCCAUUGUUAAUGUCAUUGGUAGGCCUAAUGCAUGCUUUUCCUACAAUGACAUGGUAAAAAGUCUUCUGUGUUGCAGCCAUUCAGAGACAUAUUUUUUGCUCCACCUUAAAACACUCCCCCAAAACAGUAUACAUACCCAAGUGGCCAGCACGGCCUAAAACGUGCAUUAGGCAAACACACACUGAGGACCCUGAUUCAAGAUUCCUUACUUCACUGCCAUAUCAACCGCAGGUGAUUAGCAGUGAAAACACACUGCCACGAAUACAAUACAGUAACCAUACAAUGAAUGCAAUGGAUCAACCAGAUCGCUCAUGCCCUUCAAGUGACAAGUUAAAGUGCAUGUGCGUGACAACCGGUGAAGCACUCGGAUGUGGGAUGCUUCAGGAUAAGUGGUGCUGUGGAAGCUACAUCUAUAGUCUUAUUACUGCGUAGUCUUUCACCUGAAGGUAGAAGAUGGAAUGACCUGAAAAGACUUUUAAAGUUUGUCAAGAAAUUCAAAUGUGGAAGAAGACAGUGGGAGAAAAGUGUGUUGCUGUGCUGGGGCUCACGCUGCAUAUAAACGAGCAGAGGAGGUGUUUACCAUCGAUGAUGGACUAACUGUGCUUCAGAGCUGUGACAGUUCUCUUUUUUACCGUUUCCUGUCCUUUUAUUGACCUCUUAAACUGCCCCACCCAUAGACACCUCCAUAAGGUGGAAACAUGUCAGGGCUGUGUUUUUAGCUUAUUCAGUCAAUUGUUGCACCUUUUAACAAAAGAAGUUAGUUAUUUCCAGCUUGUUCCUGUGUUUUGACAUCAUAGACGAUAGUGCAUUUUGCAACUUUUCCGGUUUGAAUGCUGUCCAUACUGCAAGACACAAUUUGAUUGAACUGAGUCCUAGUGGUAUCCAGCAGACAAUUUGAAAGCUUUUUAGAUGGUAUUUUUUAGAUUGUUGAUUUCCCACGCAAUUUGAAUGCAUCUUUCAAAUUGCUGCUACUAGUAAGUAUUAGUCACUACAAGUGAGGUCUGGCAGUUGUGUGCUGCAAAGGGUUGGUCUGACAGAGUCCUGCAGUGUUUUGAAUAGCACCGGCCAUACUGCUCUUUGUGAUGAGCACUCACCCAAACGAGAAUGUGUUGAGUCAGCUGCUCUGCAAGCCUCUGUCCCUCCCCAGUGUGCUAUUUAUAUACACACCCAAACCAGCCUCUGCACAUACCAACACACACAAGAGCAUACGCAUGUCUGAUCUACACACACACACACACACACAGCUCGGCACCUUGUAAACAAUAGUGAACACAAACAGUGGAGGCAGGGUUAGAGCUCUGCUUCAGGUUCACUUAGUUUGUUCCUGACACUGUUGAGGAGUAGGCGACAGGUGGGCUCAGAGCAGCAGACAGUUAGCCUGCGUGGGAGCAGCUCGGCUUCUACCAACCUCACAGGAUCACAUGUAGGACGCUGAGGCUGCAGCAGGGAAGCUCUCAGUGGACGGCUCGCUGCACAGCUCCAGCUCUGAGCUGCAGGACACCAUGAGACGCCUGGGCUCCAACUCAGAAGAUCGCUCUCGCCUCACUGCCGCCCUCUCCUGUCUGAAGAGUGCUGAUGACGCAGGUGAUCCGAGGCCUGACUCAGGCUCCUGCAGCUCUGAGUCCCGACAGGACAGCAAUGUCUUCUCUCCCAUCAGCCCCCCCUCCAGCUCUGUCAGCCCCCCCCUCCCCCUGAAGCCCACCAGCACCCACGGCCGCUCUAUCUCCAUAUCAGUGGUACCUUGUUCAGCUGACCAGAGAGCUUGCAUACUAACUGAGGACGCCUUCACUCUGGAGCCAAGCAACCCUCCAGCCACUCGAGCCUCAAAGCCACACACCGGCAAGCCCUCCCACACACCACCACCACCUUCACGUAAGCUGCUGCAGCUCCUCCCCAACAUUGCAAUGACGAGAAGCAAGAGUCAGGAGUCACAGCUGGCCAACCGCAUCGAGGAGCCGGCGACACACAAAGCUGGUAAGAAGAACAAAGCGCUGGGUGCUCUUCAGAUCAACGGCUGUGGUAACAGUCCUGAGGACUCACCACUACUGUCUGCCCGAACGCCCGGCCCCGUCCCAGCCUCAGCCCCCUACAUGAUGCCUGCCACCCCCACCCUGCUGGACAAUGUGACCAUGCACAGGAGUUCCCCUCAGACAAUGAGGAGAGACAUUGGCCUGGCUGUAACACACAGGUUUUCAACCAAGUCCUGGCUCUCCCAGACGUGCCAAGUGUGUCGCAGGAGCAUGAUGUUUGGUGUCAAGUGCAAACACUGCAAGUUAAAGUGCCACAACAAAUGUACCAAAGAUGCUCCCUCAUGUCGGAUAUCAUUUCUCACAUGGGUAUGUCAGCUCAUAACAUCUCAGGACAAGUGCAUUAAGGAAGUCAGCUGUGUCUACAGACCAUCUGUGCCAAGGAUGCGGAGGGCAGAAUCAGUGCCAUCAGAUAUCAAUAAUCGGAUUGAUCACACAGCAGAGAUCCCACUGCAAUUUGGCACUUUACCAAAAGCAAUAACCAAAAGGGAGCCUCCCCCCAGUUUGAACCAGCUGGACUCCAGCAGUAACCCGUCAUCAUCCACCUCCUCCACACCUUCGUCCCCUGCACAUUUCCAGCAGAAUAACCCAACGAGUGUCAGCGCCACACCCCCGACCAACCCGUCGCCGCAGGGCUCCAGGGACAGUUGCUUCCACUUCCCAGAUGUUCCUGCUUCCACAUGUACUGCUGUUCAACAUUGUGGCAGCAACAAUGAGUCUGGAGUGUCCCAGCUGGCCCUCACUGAAACACAGCUAAUGACAGCGGAGCAAGGAGGGGAGGAGGACUACCCAGCAGAGGAUGAGGAGGCAGCUGAGCAGUGCACCAGAGAACAGAGCCUUUCCACUGACGUGUGUGAUGAGGACGGGCUGGAGGACCUGCCUGCUUCCAUACGCCGUCGGGGGGCCGUCGGACGCUGGAGGGGCCCCAUGCGCCGUAAGGCCAGCCAGACCAGCGUCUACCUGCAGGAGUGGGACAUCCCAUAUGAGCAGCUGCAGCUGGGAGAGCUGAUUGGCAAGGGGCGCUGGGGGAAGGUGCAUAAGGGCCGCUGGCACGGUGAGGUGGCCAUUCGCCUACUGGAGAUUGACGGCAACAACCAGGACCACCUGAAGCUCUUCAAGAAGGAGGUGAUGAACUACAGGCAGACCAGGCACGAGAACGUUAUUCUGUUCAUGGGCGCCUGCUUGGCCCCGCCACACCUCGCCAUCAUCACCAGUUUCUGUAAAGGUGUGACUUUGUACUCUGUUGUAAGAGAAAGAGGUCACAUGCUCGACAUCAAUAAAAUCAGACAGAUUGCACAGGACAUUGUAAAGGGAAUGGGUUAUCUGCAUGCCAAAAGCAUCAUUCACAAGGAUCUGAAGUCUAACAACGUGUUCUAUGACACAAACAAGGUGGUCAUCACAGACUUUGGCCUGUUUGGGAUGGCUGGAGUGGUACAGGAAGGCAGAAGGAAGAACAUGUUGCGGAUACCUCGGGGCUGGAUCGACUACCUGGCUCCAGAGAUUGUUCGAAAAAUGAGUCCAGAGGUGGAUGAGGACCAGCUGCCUUUCUCCAAAGCUGCUGACGUUUAUGCAUUUGGCACAAUCUGGUAUGAGCUGCAGGUCGGAGACUGGCCAAUGACCAACCUGCCUGCGGAGACUAAAAUCUGGCUAGUGGGCAGCAAUGUGGGCAUUAAGAAGGUGCUGGCAGAAGCCAACCUGGGCAAGGAGGUGACGGAGAUCCUGUCCGCCUGCUGGUCCUCUGAAGCCGAUAACAGGCCCACCUUCACUCCGCUGGCAGGCAUGCUGGAGAGGCUGCCUAAACUCAACCGCAGGCUGUCUCACCCCGGACACUUCUGGAAGACAACUGAGCUGUGGGAUCAUCAACGUCGUCAUCACUGCCUGAGAGAUCUCUGCCAUCAGCGUCUGCAUGCACACUGUCCAUACAUGUACAAAUACAGCAGCUGAGAGGCCAAGGUGCCUCAUAAAACUGAAACUUAAUAUUGGCUUGAGGAAAUAUUGACAAUAUCAACUAAAUAUCUUCUUUGAAAUUAAAUAUCAUUUCAAUUUCAAAGAGGAUUUUUCAGAGCUCUUAUCUAGGGCGACAUAUCCUUCCCAUUUCACCUGAUGUUUAGGCCUGUCACAAUAGCUACUUUUGUUGUCCCAGAUAUAGAGCGCAGGGAUGACCUACUUUUGUAGCCAACAGGAAGUUAGCAUCGUACUGGUUCCCUCCACAAAAAUUCAAACAGAUGUUUCCAUUGGAUUUAGGAUUAUGGAGACUUGUGAUCUGUAUCUUUAUUGAUUUUGUGUUCUUGAUUCUGAAUACAGAGUCACAUCUGAUGAAUUCUCAGUAACACAAGUUCUGUAUGCAGAGCUUGUGGACUGUGACGGGUGUGUCAGGUCAACUGAGAGGAUGUAGGAUCCUGUUAAGCACUAAGACAAGCAAGGGGUCAUGUGACAGAGGAAUAGAGGUGAGACAUCCGUAGGCUACUUCUCUGUUCUUUCUACGAACUCUAAUGACACUUUUCAUGAUAUGAAAAUCACAUUAGCUGCUAUUGAAACAACAUAUCUUUUGUCUUUGUCUCUACUCUGUUUUUACAUUUCAAGCUUUUUGUAUGUGUGCAAACUGGUUUCUCCUAUGUUCUAACUGCUUUCCAUAAAUGACAAUCUGUAUAUCUAUCUGCAUGUGAGUGGACACUGUUUCAUCCUCGGUGCAGGAAGGCUGCUGGUUUCAGCUUUUAUGGGAACUAGUUCCUAUGAAAACUGUUGAUUUGGAAGUCUGUGGAUGAUACAGAGUGACCACGAUACCUUUGCUAUAAAUUCAAAUUGCUGUUAAAUUUGUAGCCACACUAAAUACAACACGCCCCAGGAAUGGCAGUGUUAUGUGGUCGUUCAGUCCACUGUGAUCCAUACUGAAAUAUCUCGGCAACAACGAUAUCAUUUAUGGCUCACAGAUGAUGAAUUGUAUAACUUUGAUGAUUGUUUGACUUUUCAUCGAGUCAAAAGCCAUUUUUUCCAGUACUUUGCUUUAUGACCAAAUACCUGCAAAACCAAUGAUGUUCCCGUCAGCAAAUGUUAGCAUGCUAACUAAGAUGGAGAAUAUGCAACAUACUGGCUAAACAAUAGCGCGGUGUGAGCAUGUAGCAUCGUAACAUUAGCAUUGAGUAAAAGCACCACUCGGUACAGCCUCACAGAGCUUCCAGCAUGGUUUCGACUUGGUUUGUACACUGUAGUGUUCAAUGUUGUGAGCAUCACAAAAGAAUUGGCCAGUUACAUCCAUGGUAUCGUGGUACAUCUCUGAGACUGAGGUCUCCAAACCUGGACCAGUAAAAACCAAUAUCUGCAUUUCCUUUGCAUGAAGCAGCCCUUUAGAUGCAGACAGUUAUGAUGAGCUGGACCUAAAGGACUGUAGGUUCAGCCCAGUCCCCAGGGAAACAUUGUCACAUCGUCUGCAAACCACAGAUACGUUGAAUGUGGACGUUUUGUGCAUUUGGUAAGAGCAAGUGAGGUAAAUAUCAUUAAUGGAUCAAAUAGCAAACCGAUGAGAGAUAACUGCCACACUGAGAUUUCAUGAGAGCUAUUUGUUCAGUUUCACUUUGGAUAACAAUAACGCGAGGAUAAUACUAGAAAUAAUAUAACGAAACUUAUAUUGCAACAAGUAUGUGUCUUUCCUUUGUACAAUCCAACACCGCAUCAUGUUUGUGAACCUUGUGUGUGUGUGUGUGUGUGUGUGUGUGGUUUUCCUCGGGCAGGAGUACAAUGUACGCUCUGUGAAUGUGUUGGGCUUCACCAGCAUGAUCAUGAACAUGAUCUUAUGUAUAUAGAGUGCUGGGGGUUGUAUUUAAUAUACAGUGUUUGCACAAGGGUUUUUAAGUUUAGAUCAUUUGAAUUGGUACUUUAGUCCCAUUGAUGUAUAGAUAAAUGUGUAAACUGUGGUUGUGCUUUUUUGUUUUUUUUUACGGUUGAGGUCUAAUUUGAGUAUUUUUGUACAGGCUGUGUUGAUACUUUGUGUGCCUCUGGUCUGAACAAUUGAAGAUAUUAAAGCUGAUCUCCAGUGA